CCAAAUGAGAAUCCCACCGAUCCAUUCUUCACAUGCAGAAACGAACCACACAUCAGACUCCUCGCCCACGCAGACCAAGCCUUUCCUCAACACGCACCCCCAUCCACCUCCUACUCCUGUGAAUUCGUUCUCUUUACUAGUUUGGAAUCAUGGUGAACUCCGCGUCGCCCGGCCAAGCGGGCGACAUCAAGCACGAUGACACAACUGUGCCACCCGUGAGCAGCGGCCAGGAGAAUGUCAGUGCUGUUAAAGAUAGCGGGGAUGGCUCGACGACAACACCCGCGCCUGUCGAACAGAAGCAACAAAAUAGAAACGAAGCCGAUGAUGACGAGGAUGAGGACUCUGAUUUUGAUGAGUUGGACGAUGUCCUGGAUGACUUCUCCAAACCCAAACCCUCCGCAACACCCAGUCAACAAGAACAGCCCCAACAGCAACCGCAAUCUGCCGACAUGCCCGAGGAUUUCGACGAGGAUGCCUUCAUGAAGCAACUCGAGCAAGACAUGGCUAGCAUGAUGGGCGGCGCUGGCGCAGGUUCUGCCCCGGAACUCGGAACCAAAGAUCAAGAGGGUUUCGAGGAUACCAUCAACCAAGGCGCAGAUGCAUUCACCAAGCACCUCGAGGAGAGUGGGAUCCCCCCGGGCGACUUUCUCAAGGAACUUCUUGCGGAUGUCAUGGCCGGCGGUGAUGGUGGUGCUGGCGGUGCUGCCGAUGCCGCCACACAAUCUGGUCCGGGUUCCUCCGCUGCUGGUGGUAGUGAGGGCGGUGCGGUGCCGGAAUCAUUCAAUGAUGCCAUCCACCGUACUAUGAACCGCAUGCAGGAAUCCGGAGACAAGGCCACCGCGGCCGCGGAGCAGGAUGACUCUGCUGACGACAUGAUCGCGCAGCUCCUCAAGGCGGUUGAGGCGGGCGGUGAAAGCGGCGACGGCGACCUUACCAAGAUGUUCAUGGGUAUGAUGGAGCAGUUAUCGACCAAGGAGAUGCUGUACGAUCCCAUCAAGGAACUGCAUGGCAAGUUCGGUCCUUGGCUGGAGAAGAACAAGGGCAAGGUCUCCGAGGAGGAGAUGGCCAAGUACCAGAAACAGGCUCUUGUUGUGUCGCAGAUGGUCACCAAGUUUGAAGAGCCGGGUUAUUCAGAUGAGGAUCCCAAGUGUCGGGAGUAUGUGUGGGCGAGGAUGCAAGAGGUGUGUUUCUCCAUUCUUAAUUUCACGCAAUACUGACAAAUUCAGAUGCAAGCUGCAGGAAACCCCCCAGAGGAGAUUCUUGAAAACCCUCUUGCAGGCUUUGAUGGCGGCGGCGGUCUGCCCGAGUGCCCGCAGCAAUAAACCAAAAACGUCGGUAGGAUCUAACUACGAUAGCUCUUUAUACUUUGGGUAUAUUCAAGUUUAUUUCAU